AUGCCCUUCUCCUCCUUCUCCUCCUCCUCUUCCUCCUCCGCCCCCGAGGCGCCCACCACCCCGCUCGCAGACUACUUUUGGAUCGCUGGUGUCGAUGGCACAGAGGUCCUGGAUACAUAUCGCAGGCUAGGGGAGGAAUACCGGGCCAACAAUGCCACUUCGCCGGGUCCCGCCGUGACCGAUACCAUCGAGGAAGAUGCGGACGCCGAGUCCCACGAUCUCCAUCUGGACAGCCUUUCCCGUCCCAUCUCCAUGGCUGGGAACCGCAGCUCCGUCCAGCGGUUCUCCAUGCGUCCAGGAGACUCCGAGCCGAACGAGAAUGGCUCCCAUAGCAACCGGAGCAGUAUGACCAUCAAGGGUGCCCCCUCCCCCCGAGGUUCCUCCUUCCUAGAUGACUUCGAUUUCGAUCAAGCAUUGGUCAAGUUUGCGUCCGAGCGGGAAUCGUUCCUGUGCGAUCUUAGCCUCAGCGCAGGUGCCAUCACCCCCUCGUCACGUCCCCGCUCUAGACUACGCACCCAGAAGAUCGUCUCCGAGGAGACUCCCCAGCCUACGGGCUUGAUCCGGUCCAGCAUUGGUAGCGUGCGGCGACACAUGGCAUUUAGGGAUAUGAACAGUAUGAAAAGACAGCCAUCGAUCGCCCGCCAAGCUUCUAUCCGGACCUCGCGACGCCUUAGCAAUUACAACUCAGUCAUACCCGUCCCCCAGCCGUUGGAGAUCUCCCCCACCAUGCAUCCCUUGAAACGAAGAUUCGAGCCUGUCCUGCUCGAUCGCUAUCCCACCAAGGGAAUGUCGGACGAAUUGAAGCAGCGGGGAAACUUCCCAGAUUACGUGCCUAUGUUUGCUUUCCCGAACGACAUCAAUAUCGUCUCGUCCGAUCAGAGGCCGCGCUCCACCUGGCACGGAUUCGUCAUGACGACCGACAACGGUUCGCGCCUGCACGCCAUCUGCAUUAUCAUCUGGAUCCCGUUGAACCAGCAAGCGGCCGAGGAAUUGGAGAAGCGUUGCGAGGAAUGGAGAAAGGACAACAUGACGGAUGAGGAACGAGAGCUGGCAGCAAGUCUUGGUGAGAGGCUGGCAAGCGAGCGGGCCAAGCUCUCAAGACUUCUGGCUCAGCUUCCCACGGUCCCUUCGGGCUCCGAGUCGCGAGAACAGUUGGAGGAUGAAAUCAGUGCGGUCGAAGAAAAGAUCGGGCUGAUGACCGACCUCCUGCGGCCGGUGCGCCACGGCGCAGCAUCGAAAAUCGAGGGGCUGACUGAUGGAGACACCGGAUUCUGGAUCCCCCGCGCCUACGGUAUUCUUGGACGGGAGGAGAAUAUGACCAGUUUCUGGAAGGAGUGGCUCAAGGCCGUCGUUAUCCCCAUGACCGACGGCAGCAUCCAACGAAUCCCCCCAAGUUCCCCGCGGAUGGGCAUCUGGCAGCCAUUGGAGCGAUACGUGAUGAAUCUGUGCACCGAGGCGUUCAGCCCCAACUCGUCCAAAACCCAGGUGGAGCUCUCUGUGCGCGAACUUCGUCUUUUUGCCCGCAAGGAGGCGACGAAUGAGCUGCCAGGUGCUCGCAACACCGAUAUCUAUGCCUUGUUUCGGGCGCUAUCUUUACCGAACAUCGUCAUCCUGUUCGAGUACGCUCUCACCGAAUCGCGCAUUAUCUUCUUGUCAUCCCACACCUCGAUGCUGUACCUGGCAACCAAAGCACUCGUCGAUCUAUUGUUCCCGAUCCAAUGGACUGGAGUGCUGAUCCCCAUCCUCCCCGCACGACUGGUCCAGGCCAUCGAAGCCCCCUGUCCUUACAUCAUAGGUAUUGAGCGCCGAUACGAGAAGGUCGAACUACCCUCGGAUGAUUUCGUGCUGGUAGAUCUGGAUGCCGACCUUAUUGAAAGCACGGUUCGGCCGACUCCUCUCCCACGCCACCAGCGGAGGAAGCUGCUUUCCCUUCUUCAGCUGGCAGCCCCUCACCAUAGCCGAUGCGGAGUUCCCACCGGGCCGCCUGCUUAUGCUGUUGAAACGUACCCGUUCGAUUCCUUCAUGUCGGAGAACUCCUCCAUCUUUACCUCCAAGGCACAAUCGACGCAGUUGGCGAAAUACGUCAGUCUGAAUUCGAGUGCGUUCGGACAGAGCUCCGUCCAUCCGAGUUCGUACCAGCCACUGAUUUUCAACGCCUAUCUGCACGCCCGCUACGAGCAGGCUGUCUCGAGGGGGUAUUCAUCCAGGGGUCCCGACCGACCGGGAACUGGAUCGACAUCCAAGACUGGCUCUCCCCCGUCCCCUAGAGACAUCUCCCCAACGUCCGGACAUUUCCCACCAGGUCCUGGCUCCUCCGGAACGGCCUUGCAGGCAUCGUUGCGAGAGAAACGCUCCGGUCACUUUGAUGCGGCCUCUCGGCGUAGUUCUUCGUUCGGAAUGGAGAUGCGAACCGGUGUUCCUCGGCGGCCGAGCGCUCCUUUCUUGGGCCACGCUCCCAACCUGUCUGUUACGACACUGAACACCGACUACAACCCCGGGUCUACCUAUGCGCCAUCGGUUUAUGCACAGUCCACGGUGGCCGCGUCGACAAUUGUUCCCACGGCUUCCGCACAGCCUAUUCACAACUCCGAGGGUACCUGCUGGGUGGAGGGACAUUGCUUGCAGGUGCAGCCGUGGGACGACAAGGCCACUUGUGCAAUCUGCGAUGACCGGGCUGAGGAUAACAUGUACAAGUGCACUGCCUGCAAGACCGUGGUGCACAACCGUUGUGCUCUCCAGAUAUGCAUCGUAUGCCCGGCCGCGUUCCAUCCCGAGCAAAUCCGUGCCGCAUUUGUUAGAUGCUUUGCCAGUUUGUUCUACACUUACAAGAAGUUCCUUCAGCCGGCUACCGGCGACAAGAAGAAAGCUGGGUUGACUUACAACUUCAACGUGGAGGCAUUCAUGAAGAGUUUGCCGGGGGAACACGCGGAAUAUAUCGCGGUUCUGCAACAGACCCAAGGCUUCAACGAGUUUAUCAGCGAAAGGGAGCGGAUCAACCCCAAAUCCCGGGAUCCUCGGAUGGCACUCUUUGACGAGAUCAUCCUAUCAAAGCGCAAUCGGGGCCGGUCCUCCAUUUUCUCCAGCCGUAGUAUGACCGACUUCCUAUCUGACACGUCAAACCACCUCUGGCGAACGGCGAGUGCCACCUCCUUUGCAGGGGGAAGCAGAAGCCAGCAGAGCAUCUCCGGGGAUUACACCCGUGUGAUUUCAAGAGCACCGGCAAAGCUCGAUACAAGCCUGAUGAAAGAACCCCGCAUGAUCCAUGGGGCGCCUCGGGUUUCGAAGACGGCAAAUACUGCACGCAGGAAGCCGCUCCCCAAACUCAUGAACGGCCUCGCCAUUUCACCUCCGUAA